ACAGCAUCUUCAAAACAACGCACAGGCAGCAAGAGAAGAAGAAGCCCAAAAAAAAACACCUCACCCCAAUUUUUUCAAGUUUUCACAUCAGGUUCAGAGGACACAGGAUAAAAGCUUGUCUUUUCCAGGAUGGGGUCUGCUGGAGUUCAUAUUGUGUGUGUGGGCCUCGGGGUCCUCGGCCUGAUCGGGAUCAUCGUGUGCUGCACUCUCCCUCAGUGGAAGGUCACCUCUUUCACAGGAUCCAACAUUGUGACGGCACAGAGGUCUCAGGAGGGCCUGUGGAUGACCUGUGUGGUGCAGAGCACGGGCCAGCAGCAGUGCAAGAACUUUGAAUCCAUGCUGGUGUUGCCCUCCGACCUGCAAGCCGCCCGUGCCAUGACCAUCAUCGCCUGCAUGAUCAGCUCCCUCAGCAUCCUCAUCCUGUUCUGUGGCGCUGACUUCACCACCUGCAUCCAGAACGAAGAGGCCAAACCCAAGAUCAGCCUGGUGGCUGGGGUGGGCCUGCUGCUGGCCGGUCUCCUGGUGAUCAUCCCCGUCAGCUGGUCCGCAAACGUCACUGUGCGAAAAUUCAACAAUCCCCUUUCGACCGGCACUCCAAAUAUGGAGCUGGGAGCGUGCGUCUUUGUGGGUUGGGCGGCCGGCAUUCUGCUCCUCCUGGCUGGAGGUCUCCUGUGCUGCUUCAGCAGGCCCAAAUCAGGUGGUUCAGGGGGAACUGCCAAGUACUACAGCAACAGCGCCACAGCCCCUAACAAAAACUAUGUGUAGGGCCUAAUGAAAGGGACUGGAGUCUGAGAGAAAGGAUGGGAGGGGGAUUUAGUUGGAGAAAAACUGGGAAGGAACAAAGUAGACGACACCAUGGGGGGAGAAAAAGAGAGUAAAUGUGUAAAUAUACUGAAUUCUGAUAAUAACUGGCUCCAGUUUAUUUCUUUUAUAUUCAAAUGUGUGCUUUGAGUUUUAAUGUCCAGUGUGUAAGAUUUAGGUGAAAGGGAUCUAUUGGCAGAAACUUUAUAUAAAAUAAUACUAGUGAUGUUUUCACUGGUGUGUUUCAUUUACAUUGUAAAAAUUAUUGUUUUCUUUACGCUUGAAUGGGCCCUUUAUUUUUUAUAAUUUAUAUUUACAUCAGGAGAGGGUCCUCUCUUGGAAGCGGAUGGUGAGGUGAGGGGUAUUUAGCGGCAACAUGCAACUUCACCACUAGAUGUCACAAAAUCCUACACACUGAACCUUUAAAGCUGUUUUAUUGUUAGGUGCUGGGUUAUGCUUAAACUUUGUGGAAGACAAAUACUUUACCGGCCAUAGAUUACAAAUGAAACUCAACACUUUGUGAUCAUAGAAUUAAAAAUGUGUUUGGGUUACUGCUUUGAAAUAUACACUAUCAACUAUGGUAUCCAAUUCUCCUUUUCUUAAUUCACAAUUGUCUUGAAAUGAACCAAACAAGUGGAAAUUAAACCUUCGAGAUGAUGAAAAUGUGUUUGUGAGAAGAAAAGAUGAUCUGGUGUACUCAGCUCUGAGCUUAAGAUUUAAAGAUGAAAGAGGGAAUUGACCUUUUUAGAUCCACUACUGGCUCAUGUUUCUCACACAGUUUGGAUCAACCAUUCCCCUCCUGUGAUUGUCUUCAGUCUUCUGUUUCUCCUUAAUCAUUUUUUAUAAAGCUGUAAAAAAUAGUUUUUAACCAAAGGCACCUAAGGAGGCCUCAGGGAGCAUCUGCGUGCACUUCGCUGACGACACAUUCUCAAACGAUCUUGUGAUAUUUCAUAACAUUUUAUGAAACAAUUGUUAUCGGUCCUUUUGUUUUGUAAGAUUGUAAGUGUGAUUAAAAGUCUGCCUCAUUCAAA